AUGCGUUAUUCAGGUUCCCGUGCGGCUGUCGGGGGUUUCGGUGGUCACUGAUCCCAGCCCCAAAUAAAACACACUAUGUGUCGAGCCAUCCUCGUCUGUCGGCUCUCCUAACUGCGCUGCAAAGGCCGAAAAGACUGGUAUCGGGUUUUUGCGGAGCAACCCAGAAGAGAUCCAGAGAGUUGGCAGGGUUUUCGUGUGUUUUUUGUAGGCAUUGGCUAGGGGGUGCGGCCUAGACGAGACCGCGUAUCGGGGAGGAUUCACGGCCUUCAGAAACACCAUAAGCUGGUUGUUUUUUAACGUACGUUUCCGAGAGUAAACAUGCGUGGAACCCGUUUAUGAAAAAGGGCUGUACCGAGGUGAUGAAGGUCAAUCUCUUUUGCACCUUUGACACUGAUGCUCACAUCCAUGUCAGUUUGUGGCUCAAUAUAACAGCAAAGCUAUCCUGAAAACAUUAUUACAUAGAACAUUUGUCUUUUUCACGAGCUGACACAAUAAGUUCCUCUUUGCCUCCCCACCUUUCCCACCGUGGACAGUCCAACAAUCCCUUCCCUUUGAAUUCACCUGGAAAAAGGUUUAACUACGGCUCAAAGCUGAAUCCAUACACCCGAGCCCGGAUGACGGAGGCGUGGCAACAGCAUGCUGUUGCCCCGCCUCCAGUGGUGCACACCAUCCCACCAGGGGCGGACACACUGGGCUGCACGGUCUAUGGCAUUGUCCUCCAGCCGGACACGGCAUUGCAACAACAACAGCAGCAACAGCAACAACAACAAUCCCAGCAACAACAACAGCAGCAGCAGCAGCAUCACAGUCAGCAGCACAGCCAGCAGCAGCAGCAUCCGGCACAAGCACAGCAGCCCUCCUUGCAUGUCGGGAGUGAGGGAGGGCACAAGUGUGGUGCGUGUGGCCAUGACAUCUCUCAUCUGGCUAAUCCUCACGAGCACCAGUGCAUGGUGAGCCAAGAUCGCUCGUUUCAGUGCACGCAGUGUCUAAAAAUCUUCCAUCAAGCCACAGACCUGUUGGAGCACCAGUGCGUGCAGGUGGAGCAGAAACCCUUUGUGUGCGGAGUGUGCAAGAUGGGCUUCUCCUUGCUAACUUCGCUAGCACAGCAUCACAACGCCCAUAACAGUGGCAACCCCAUGAAGUGCUCCAUAUGUGAAAAAACAUAUCGCCCGGGUUCUGGAAAUGCCACGCCAACUUCGUCAACGGCCACUCCUGGGCAACCAUCCAAUGACGAAGCGUCGUCCAGUGGCAGCGCUGCCAUCGGGACAUCAGGCCAACCUACGUUUGAGCCUUCGCAACCUGACAGGCCCUACAAGUGUUCGGUGUGCUCCAAGGGCUUUCGUCACUUAUCUGAGCUAACCCGUCACGAACGCGUCCAUACGGGCGAGAAGCCUUUUAAAUGCGAAACGUGCGACAAAAGCUUCAGCCAGUCCUCUCAUCUAGCCCACCACCAGCGUACCCACAGCUCCGAACGGCCAUUCAAGUGUGCGGUGUGCGAGAAGAGCUUCAAGCACCGAUCCCACUUAGUCCGUCACAUGUACGCUCACUCGGGUGAGCACCUGUUCAAGUGCAACCUUUGCGAGUUGCACUUCAAAGAGUCUUCCGAGCUCCUCCACCACCAGUGUCAGCCGCAGGGUGCUCGGCCAUUUCGCUGCGCCACAUGUGGGAAGGGCUUCAAGCGUCCGUCCGACUUGAGACAGCACGAGCGAACCCACUCGGAGGAACGCCCAUUCCACUGUGAAGACUGCCAGAUGAGCUUUAAGCAACAGUAUGCCCUGGUGCGCCACAGGCGCACACACAAGCCCUCCGCUGACCGCCCCUUCAAAUGCAACCUGUGCGACAAGGGCUUCCUGCAGCCGUCCCACUUGUUGUACCACCAGCAUGUUCACGGCAUGGACAACCUUUUCAAAUGCGCCUCCUGCGGAAAGGGCUUCAGCCAGUCCGGGGAGCUGCUCCGUCACAAAUGUGGCGAGUCCUCCUCGACACCCACAAAUCCAGACAAGCCCUACAAGUGCGACGUGUGCGGGAAGGCCUACAAAAAGGCCACCACGCUACAGCGCCAUCAGAAUUCCCACUGCACCGAGAAGCCUCUCAAAUGCUCGCUGUGUGACCGACGCUUCCUGUCCUCUUCAGAGUUCGUGCAGCACCGAUGCGACCCGUCCCGGGAGAAGCCCUUGAAGUGUCCCGACUGCGAGAAGCGUUUUAAGUACUCAUCUGAGAUGCAGCGGCACAGGCGAGUCCACACCGGAGAGAAACCCUACAAGUGCGCCAGUUGUGACAAGGGCUUCAAGCAGCGCGAACACCUGGCCAAGCAUCAAAGUGUUCAUGCAAGAGAUGCCCAGUUUAAAUGUGUAUGGUGUGGAGAGCGUUUUGCUGAUCUGGGAGCCCUUCAGGAGCAUACGGUCCAGCACACGGCUGAAGGUGGCGGAUACCCUGUGUCCUCUCUCAUCCAGUAAUCUGUGCCCUGAUUACAAUUUGCAAAGGUAUUAGCAAUCUGCAAACUACGCCAGUCGAAUGAAUUCUUACAAGGCCCAGUAACCUGAUAAUACCUCAGUUAUUCCCUUUUUGAUAUCAAGAGGCAUACUUCAAUUGGAUUUUAUCGACAAAAAGUUAUCGAUUUGUUGGUUUACAUCUAAAUCCUGGGAGGAGGCAAUGGGAGAUCUCCAAACUCUGUCCAAGAUAGCACUGUGAUUCUAGUCCAGUAGGGCAGGAUUUGCCCAGCAUUGUGACUCCCGAUGUGGCUCACAAUGCCCUCAUCAGAUCUCUAUAGCACAAGACAAAAAAUUAUUCAGUCUGCAACUAAUUGUUCAGUCUUCAUUUUAAAUCGGCUAUACAUUUUGCUAGUUCCUAGUAUGGUUUAAAUACUGCUUACUGUGUGCCUCUGUGUAAUAACUCUAUUCUGAUCACUAGCCUUGCUCCAAUAUGAUUACAUUGUACAAACAUUUGGAGCACUUCUGGCAGCCUACUUUGCGCAUUUAGUUGAGCCUACAGCUAAUGACAAAACAAAAAGGGGACAGAGUUGUGCUGUUAUGAACUGUUGAAACUGUCUGUCUAUGUCAAUGUUGACGUUCCCAUUAUUGUGGCAACUAAUGGUAUGUACCAAAAACCAUCACUGUACUGUACCAGAACUUAAACGGGACAGAUCGUUAACCAGCAGAAGUAUAACGACCUCAAUUGGUCUCUACAUUUCACUGAGAUUAUUAUACGUAAAUAUAUAGAAUCUAUAUAGAAAUGUAAACUUCAAUCUUGUAUACAAACAGUUCAUAUUAACAUGAGAAUCAGUACAGCUGUCCUGAAAAUUGCCUAAAAAAACCUGAAAAGGCUUCCUGUAUUACUGUAUGUACAUAGUUAGUAUGUAUGCAACUUGUUUACCAGUCCUGUCAUUAGAUAUUGCGUUGUCUUUCUUAAACUGCACCACAAUUUUAUAAGUAGCUUUUCAUGUGAAGUUCUGAUUCAUACAUUCUUUUUGUUUUUUCGAUUUGCCUUUUUAAAAUUAAUUUCAGCCUCUUUGUAGAUGUAGUUUGGAUUGUAAUUGGUGUGUUCAAGGUUGUGUGAAAGUCGAGUCUGUUUUUAUAAAGGUUUUUGCCCCUAGCCCGCCCCCCCACCCCCUAUACAGGACUCAUGUAGGCCUACUUGUACAGUGUGUCAUUCUUCCUCUGCUUCAUAGAUUUAUCCACGUUUGAUCUCCAAUCUGCCAACACAGUGUCUUGCCUAUAGUCAUUUGCCUUUCGCAACAUGACGGCGAGUAAUUUUUUUGUUAUUCUUUUAUUAAAACCAUAAGAUCAAAGACUUUCAAAAUAGAUUUUCGGUGCCCCCCAGAAUCAAGGAGGGAGAGUGUUUGUUUUGGGCCUCUAAGGCCUUGACUUAAACGCACAUCAUUCUGAUGUUUUUAUUAGUGAAUGUCUGUGUUGCAUACUCAUCAAACGAUAACCAGUACGUUCUUUUAAGAAUUUUUUUUUUAACUGACACUUACUACAAUUGUAGUAUAAACACAUUUGAUCUAGAGGGUAAGCGUUUUUAAAUUCCGUAUAUAUAUUUUUUAAUAUAUAUUAGAAGACGGUAUUGCUCUGCAAAGCUGAAUUUAAAUGGAACAAGCUGUCCGAGUCUUGACUUGCCUGCUUUUUUCCCCUCCCACGUACAUCACAAUUUCCCACUUUCAUCUUACCUGGGGCAAAAUGACAUUCUCAUCUCUGUUGCUUAUGCAGUAUUCUAUGACCAUUGGCCCUUGAGGAGCUCCCUCUUGCAGUUAGGUUUCACCUAGUACUGCACAGCGAGGUUAGAAGUGAUAGUGACACUUUGGCCUUAAGCUGGGGCAUCUAGAUUCUCCGCAGAGCCCUUUGCCUCCAGGUUGUUUCCCCUUUAUAGUAUCUAUGUAUCCAUUGUUUUAAAUACCAAGGGGCUUUUUUUAAACUGUAGGCAUUAAAAAUCAAUGAGCAGUUGGAUUUGGAAACUAUGUUGUGUUUUUUUAUGUUUUCACGUUUGUAUAUUAAUUUUUUUUUUUAUUAAUAUUGUUUAAAAUCUCUAUAUAAAUAUCUAUAUUCUUGGCAGAAGUUUCAGGACCACAGGGGAACGUUCCUCUAUGGUUUUGAGACCUCUCCACCCUGUGCAUGCCUGCUGUGUUAGUUCCUGUAAUCUGUUCCAAGUAUCUGCACUUUUUAGCGCAAAUACUUUUUAGCUUUUUUUCAAAUUGUAGAUUGUGAAUGAGCUAGUAAGAAAACUUCAUGUGGCGGUUGAUGUGACAUUCAUGCUGAAAUAUCUGUAUGUAGCAAUUUAAUAUACACAGCACUAACUAAUAAACCUUUUCAUUAAUAAUG